AGUCCAAGCAAAACGUCGAACAUGGCGCGUCGUUAUGAUUCUCACACGACUACUUUUAGUCCAGAUGGAAGAUUGUUUCAGGUUGAGUAUGCUAUGGAAGCCAUAAGUCAUGCGGGCGCUGCAGUCGGGAUCCGAACAGAUUUCGGUGUCGUCCUAGCUGCUGAAAAGAAAAUUCUUUCAAAGCUGCUUGAAACGUCUGAGGCGUCUGAAAAGAUGUUUAAACUGGAUGCCAACAUUGCAGUUGCAGUUGCGGGUAUCAACUCUGACGCAAAUAUACUAAUUAACUCAUCCAGGCUUUUCGCACAAAGAUAUGCUUUGAACUAUUCUGAACAAGUUCCAGUAGAGCAUCUUGUACAGAGUAUGUGUGAUCAGAAACAAGGAUACACACAGUUCGGUGGCCUGCGACCAUUUGGAGUCUCGUUUCUUUUUGGUGGCUGGGACAGAAACUUUGGUUUUCAACUGUAUCAGAGUGACCCUUCCGGUAACUACUCGGGUUGGAAGGCCACGGCGGUUGGUGCUAAUAGUCAGGCUGCGCACUCAAUUUUAAAAACCGAAUACGUUGAGGGCAUCUCACUGUCAACCGCAAAACAACUGUCUUUAAAAGUUCUCAAGCAAACUAUGGACAGCACAAUAUUAAUUCCAGAUAAAGUUGAGUUAAGUGAAUUAGCUUGGCAAGAUGGUGUACCGGGUCAAGUAUCGUAUAGGCUCGUGCGUGGUGUAGAGCUGAGGGAUUUGUGCAUCGCGGUGAACAGAGAAAAUAUGUGAGAUAUCUU